AUGAAAGAAAAUUUCUUUGUAAAAAUUGAGACCAUCCAUCUCCCUGACCGAGGCACCACCGAGAAUGCUCACGGUCUUCCUCCAGAGGAGCUCGCAAGAAGGGAUGUGGUCGACAUCGAUAUUGCUAAUGACAACGAAUUCUUGCACGCCGGUGAUAUCACACCAGCCACAAUACCCAGCAAGUUUGUGAGCUCCAAAACUGGUCGAGGUCCUUUGACCGAAAAUUGGCAAGAAACGGUUGAACCGGUGAUGUGUGCUUACAAGCUUGUCAGUGUUCACUUCAAAUGGUUUGGUCUCCAAAAAAUGGUUGAAAGUUACACUCACACACAAUACCCUCGAUUAUUCUCCAAAUUUCACCGCGAGGUAUUUUGUUGGAUUGAUAAGUGGCACGGUUUGACGAUGGAGGAUAUCAGAGCUAUAGAAGCGAAAGCUCAAAAAGAGCUGGAAGAACAACGAAAGACUGGAACGGUCAGCAUUAUUUUUUAUAUUAGUUUAUUUCUUUUUUUCCGUUUCUGCAUGCAAACAUAUAAGACUAUUUUCAUGGAACGAAUGGUAGUAGUUGAAAGAAGAAUCUUUUACAGGAGGUAUUUUUAGUU